AUGUCGGACAAGAAGUCUGCGCCAUCCGGUAACUCUAGUGGCGGUGGUGGUGGAGGUAGCGGCGGCGGCGGUGGCGGCGGGGAUAAUAAAGAAAAACGACGAAAGGAAUCGAUUCUCGACCUCAGCAAAUACCUGGAGAAAACGAUACGGGUAAAGUUUUCCGGUGGCCGAGAGGCGGCCGGUGUGCUGAAAGGUUACGAUCCACUGCUGAACCUGGUGCUGGACAAUACGAUAGAGUUUUUGCGCGAUCCGGACGAUUACAAGCUGGCGGACGAUACGCGCCAUCUCGGGCUGGUCGUGUGCCGUGGCACUUCGGUUGUGCUGAUCUGUCCGCAGGACGGUAUGGAAUCGAUACAGAACCCUUUCAUCGCGCAGGAAGGCUAGCGUGGG